GUAUACAACGAUGCCCAUAUGCUGGAAAAGAUCCUUAAAGAAAAAAGGAAAGAACUGGGACCCUUGGCUGAAGAUGAUGAUGUUGCAUCCCCUAAACUAAAGCUAAGUAGAAAAAGUGGCAUUUCUCCUAAAAAAUCGAAAUACAUGACUCCAAUGCAGCAGAAAUUGAAUGAGGUGUAUGAAGCAGUUAAGAAUUACACGGAUAAACGAGGCAGGCGACUGAGCGCCAUCUUCUUGAGGCUGCCAUCUCGGUCUGAACUUCCUGACUAUUAUGUAACCAUUAAAAAGCCCGUUGACAUGGAGAAGAUCAGAAGUCAUAUGAUGGCAAAUAAAUACCAGGAUAUAGAUUCCAUGGUAGAGGACUUUGUAAUGAUGUUCAAUAACGCUUGCACAUAUAAUGAGCCAGAGUCUUUGAUUUAUAAAGAUGCCCUGGUCCUGCACAAAGUUUUGCUUGAAACUCGGAGAGAAAUAGAAGGAGAUGAGGAUUCUCAUGUGCCCAAUGUCACUUUGCUGAUUCAGGAACUUAUCCAUAACCUUUUUGUAUCUGUUAUGAGCCACCAGGAUGAUGAGGGUAGAUGCUACAGUGAUUCCUUAGCUGAGAUUCCUAAAAUUGAUCCCAACUUCCCAAAUAAACCUCCUCUGACUUUUGAUAUUAUCCGAAAAAACGUUGAAAAUAAUCGCUAUAGAAGAUUGGACUUAUUCCAGGAGAAUAUGUUCGAGGUACUGGAGAGGGCAAGGAGAAUGAACAGAACUGAUUCAGAGAUCUACGAGGAUGCAGUUGAACUUCAGCAGUUCUUUAUUAAAAUUCGAGAUGAACUUUGUAAGAAUGGAGAGAUUCUUCUGUCACCCGCUCUCAGCUAUACUACCAAGCAUCUUCAUAAUGAUGUAGAAAAGGAAAAGAAGGAAAAGUUGCCCAAAGAAAUAGAGGAGGAUAAGCUCAAAAGAGAGGAGGAGAAGAGAGAAGCUGAAAAGAGUGAAGAUUCUUCUGGAUCAGCUGGGCUGUCAAGCUUGCAUCGGACCUACAGCCAGGAUUGCAGCUUCAAGAACAGCAUGUACCAUGUAGGAGAUUAUGUGUAUGUGGAGCCUGCUGAAGCCAGCUUGCAACCUCACAUAGUCUGUAUUGAGAGGCUGUGGGAAGAUUCAGCUGGAGAGAAGUGGCUGUAUGGCUGUUGGUUUUAUCGACCAAAUGAAACAUUUCAUCUUGCAACACGCAAAUUCUUGGAGAAAGAGGUUUUUAAAAGUGACUAUUACAAUAAAGUUCCUGUUAGCAAAAUUUUAGGCAAAUGUGUGGUCAUGUUUGUCAAGGAAUAUUUUAAAUUGUGUCCUGAAAACUUCAGAGACGAUGAUGUCUAUGUCUGCGAGUCACGUUAUUCUGCGAAGACAAAAUCUUUUAAAAAGAUUAAACUGUGGACUAUGCCUGUAAGCUCUGUCAGAUUUGUCCCACGAGAUGUGCCCCUGCCUGUAGUCCGCGUUGCUUCUGUGUUUGCUAAUACAGACAAAGUAGAUGAGGAGAAACAUGCUGAAACAUUGGAGGACAGUAAGGUGGGAGAAAGUAUCCUUCAUCUUGAAAAGGACAAAGAAGAUGUUCCUGUAGAAAUGUCCAAUGGAGAACCUGGUUGCCAUUACUUUGAACAGCUCUGCUACAAUGAUAUGUGGCUUAAGGUUGGGGACUGUGUCUUCAUAAAAUCACAUGGGUUAGUGCGACCUCGAGUAGGAAGAAUUGAAAAGAUGUGGGUGCGAGAUGGAGCUGCGUAUUUCUUUGGUCCAAUCUUUAUACAUCCUGAAGAAACUGAACACGAACCAACUAAAAUGUUCUACAAGAAGGAAGUUUUUUUGAGUAACUUGGAGGAGACCUGUCCGAUGACUUGCAUUUUGGGAAAAUGUGUGGUUCUGUCGUUCAAAGACUUCCUCUCCUGCAGACCAACAGAAAUCUCUGAAAACGAUGUUUUUCUUUGUGAGAGCCGCUACAAUGAAAGUGACAAACAAAUGAAGAAAUUUAAAGGGCUGAAGAGGUUUUCACUCUCUGCAAAAGUUGUAGAUGACGAAAUAUACUAUUUUAGAAAACCCAUAGUUCCUCAGAAAGAACCAUCUCCACUACUGGAAAAGAAGAUUCAGCAGCUAGAAGCAAAAUUUGCUGAAUUGGAAGGAGGUGAUGAAGACAUGGAAGAAAUGGGAGAAGAAGAAGGUGAUAUGACUGAAACACCUUCUAUGCCUCAGCUUCAGACCCCGUUAGCUAGUGAAUUGGAUAUAAUGCCUUAUACUCCACCACAGUCCACUCCCAAGUCUGUUAAGGGCAGCACCAAGAAGGAGGGAUCAAAAAGGAAGAUCAACAUGAGUGGGUACAUCUUAUUUAGCAGUGAGAUGAGAGCUGUGAUUAAAGCUCAGCACCCAGACUACUCCUUUGGAGAGCUCAGCAGGCUUGUAGGAACUGAAUGGAGAAACUUGGAAGCAACAAAGAAAGCAGAAUAUGAAGAGCGGGCAGCUAAAGUUGCUGAGCAGCAGGAGAGAGAGCGAGCAGCACAGCAGCAGAAUUCCUCCCCCCGGGCAGGCACUCCUGUCGGGGCUCUUAUGGGGGUGGUGCCGCCACCAACACCAAUGGGAAUGCUCAAUCAGCAGUUGACACCCGUUGCAGGCAUGAUAAGUGGCUAUCCACCGGUGCUGCCACCUUUGCAGGGCCCAGUUGAUGGCAUUGUUAGCAUGGGCAGCAUGCAGCCACUUCACCCAGGGGUGCCCCCACCCCACCAACUUCCGCCAGGUAUGCCAGGCAUCCCAGGCAUCCCACCACCCGGUGUUAUAGGCCAAAAUGUGACCCCUAUGGUAGGCACUCCAGCACCCGGAGCAAGUCCUUUUGCACAGCAGAUAGGAAUCCUUGGCCCACCGGGACAGCAGGCACCCCCUCCGUAUCCCGGCCAGAGCCCAGCAAGUCAGCCAGUUAUGCAGCAGCCCACAACUCCCAUGUUCGUCUCCCCUCCACCAAAGACACAGAGGCUUCUUCAUUCUGAAGCCUAUCUGAAAUAUAUUGAGGGGCUUAGUGCUGAAUCAAACAGUAUUAGCAAGUGGGACCAGACCCUUGCAGCACGAAGACGAGAUGUUCACUUAUCAAAAGAACAAGAGAGCCGACUCCCAUCACACUGGUUGAAAAGUAAAGGGGCUCAUACCACAAUGGCCGAUGCAUUAUGGCGUCUGCGAGACUUGAUGCUACGAGACACCCUUAAUAUUCGUCAGGCAUACAACAUAGAAAAUGUUUAGUCACAUAAUUGCUUCUUUCUUUGAUACUGGCAUAUAAGGAGUUUUGUGGAACAAUAGCUGUUUUAGUUACUGGGUGGGAAGAGAUAACCAAUAAUAAUUUGUAUUGCAUUUUACUGUACAUUGCAAGACCAUUUUUAUAUAAGGACACUUUUAAUAAGCAUAUUUCACUUUUUGUUAUAUUAAGUUGACUUUAUCAAAUACACAGAUUUUUGCAUAUGUUUCCUUUGUUUGAAAGGCGAUUUCAUAAUUGGUUAAGUGUAGUCAAGGAUUCAUCUUUCUUAUACUUUAUUGCUGAGAAUCUGAUGCCAUUGUUUUUAUAUAAAAGAAGAAAAA